AUGUCGACCGAAGGAAAAGUCGUAAGCUACAGUACACACCUGUCCUUGACCAUGUUCCACACACUGAUGUAGCCUCUCGCGUCGCUUAUCGAUUUACCGUCCCACCUCGAUCCUCAUCGCUUAGAUCACAUGCCAAGCUGGUCGGUUCGAGCUCAUUUCGGUCGUCGAGCCUCGCAAGGGAUACGUAUAUUGAAUUCAGCUCUACUCCACUUUGCAGCCGUCGCAUGGGAAGCCGGCAAACCGUUGUCGUUGGAAGAGAUCACCGUCGACCCGCCCAAGAAGGACGAGGUGCGCAUCAAGAUCCUCUACACCGCGCUCUGCCACACCGUGAGUUGCAAUCCCUCAUCAAGGAUUCAAUGUCGGAGUUUGUACUGAGCCCAUUCCCUGCUCUGGAUUUCCACCAGGACAUCUUUACGGUGAGUAGGAAUCCGUUCUGGCUGUCUCUCCGUUAGCGCGGUCGAGGUUUAGCCGCCAGCCGAACAAGCGCGGAUUCAGAACUCUAACCGCUUGACACCCUACCCCACAUUCCCCUCUGCAGCUCUCUGGCGAUGAUCCCGAAGGCGCGUUCCCCAUCGUCCUCGGCCACGAGGGAGGUGGUGUUGUCGAGUCAAUCGGUGAAGGUGUGACCGAUGUCAAGGUCGGCGAUCAUGUCGUUCCUGUACGUCCACGUCGUUCCCACUUGAGCCGUCUGUCUGGAUCUGGAACAGCCGCGGCACUCGGGUUCUCCCUUGCUGACCCCGUAGCCCCUCCUACCUCCUGCAGCUGUACACCGCCGAAUGCCGAGAAUGCAAGUUCUGCAAGUCGGGCAAGACGAACCUGUGCGGCGCCGUGCGAGCGACCCAAGGUCAGGGCCUGAUGCCGGACAAGACCUCGCGCUUCAAGUGCAAGGGCAAGGAGUUGCUUCACUUUAUGGGCUGCUCGACCUUUUCGCAGUACACGGUCGUUUCAAAGUACUCGGUCGUUGCGAUUACGAACAAGGCACCUUUGGAGAAAGCUUGCUUGCUGGGCUGUGGCCUGACGACUGGUUACGGUGCUGCGUGAGUUGGGGGGGCUUUCAUAUGAUCGAGUGCUUGUAAACGAAUGAGCUACUGAUCACUCGAUGCGACGCAACAGCACCAAGACGGCUAACGUCCAAGAAGGCGACACGGUUGCCAUCUUCGGUCUCGGUGCCGUCGGUCUCGCCGUCGUCCAAGGUGCCGUGGCCCGCAAGGCCGGCAAGAUCAUCGCGGUCGACACCAACGACGGCAAGGAGAGAUGGGCCAAGCAGUUCGGUGCGACGGAUUUCAUCAACCCGACCAAGUUGGACAAGGAUACGUCGAUCGUCGCCAAGCUGGUGGAGAUGACUGAUGGAGGAUUGGAUCACACUUUGUGGGUUGUGGUUCGAGGGGAGCAUGGAUGAUACUCGCUUGGCUCGCUCAUAACCUGCGAUUUACCUCCCACAGCGACUGCACUGGUAACGUCAACGUCAUGCGUCAAGCCCUCGAGGCCUGCCACAAGGGUGCGUACUCGAUCCGCACCGGCGCUUUGCCAAAACGUAUGAGCUGACACUUUUUCGCUUUGACAGGCUGGGGUGUCUCGACCAUCAUCGGUGUCGCCGCCGCGGGCAAAGAGAUCUCGACCCGACCGUUCCAACUCGUCACCGGUCGCAGGUGGCAGGGUUCCGCAUUCGGUGGUGUCAAGGGUCGCUCAGAGUGAGUUCCCACUACGGGCAGGUUUGAUGCGAGCCAUAAGGGCUGACGCUAUUGGUUCCUUUCCGCACUUGACAGACUUCCCGGCCUCGUUGACGAUUACCUGGCCGGCAAACUGACCGUUGAUGACUACAUCACCCACACCGUACGUUCCGAAGCUCCAGUAAUGCUUAAUAGCUCCGACCCAUCACUAAUCCUCGUUCAUGACAUCCCGCACCUACAACAGACGACCCUGAGCGAUAUCAGCAAGGGUUUCGAGUACAUGAAGUCCGGCGACUGCUUGCGCUGCGUUGUCGACAUGUCCAAGUAG